AUGAAGAUUGUGAAGCUGGAGGCUCUGGGACAGAGGUGCCUCUACAGAGUCCUGGAUCUCUACAGCCACCUCCAGAGCGGGGCUUGCCCAGAAGGUGCGAGCAGGAUCCUGAGAGGGUUGAGAUGCCAAAAUUCAGGUGAAGAAGCGGCUCGGGAGGCUGCAGAGAGCAGAGAGCAGCAGCAUGCAACCAGGGCGCUGCAUUUCCUGCAGCUGCAUCAUCGCGAGGGCUCCCUGCUCAAAGGGUUAAACGCGCAGGCAGAGGCUGAGCUGAGGAAAAUUCGGGCGCAGUUCAGGCUGGAGAUUCAAAUCCACACCGAGGAAAAGGGUUUGGUGAGGAAAUCUUCCUUAGCAAAGGAUUUCCAGCUGGAGGCACAGAGAACGAGAUUAGGAGGAGAGAAAAAAGGGAAAAUGGAGCAGAAUUCCCAGAAUUCCCAAAUUCCAGGGACACAUCCCAAGGCAGAGGAUCAGCUCCUGCAGUUCCUGACUAAGAGUAUCAAGGUGUUGAAGCAGGCAGAGCACCUGAUGGCAUCCAGGAUCACCCUGCUGAACCCCCAGCUCACAGCACCUCCCCUGCACGGGGAUGAAAUGAAAUGUGAAACCUCCUCGUUUCUCCUGGGCCUCCUGCAGGAGGUGAACGAUGAGCUCCGGAGGAAUGCAGGGGCAGCAGGGCUGGGACAGAGCCAAAGGCUGCAGAAAACAGAAAUCUGUGCUCAGGAAGGAGAGCUGAGUGCAGUGGAUCCUGCAGCCCUUUCUCCCAGGGAGUUUGUGGUGUUCCAGUACGGCCUCUCCAUCCUACAAUUCCUCACGUUUCACAUUCAAGCUCCAGAAUUCACCCUGGCUGUGGCCUCCAGCCUCCCCCAGAGCGAUGCCCCAGGCAAUGCCUUCAGAAAUUCCUUUUUUUAUCAGAUGGGGAUAUUCAAAUUUUUUUUAUUUUUUUCUCAGAAUUCCAAGAAGAAACUCUUCAUCCUGAGGGAGUGCCUGGGCUCUGGGGGAGGAUUCCUGCUGGUCCUCGUGCACUGCUGGGCUCAUGUCACUGCUGGGGACCUGAGCCACGACUCCAACCCCCUCUUCCUGAGCCUUUUCCACCAGGCUCUAAAGGCCUGUCUCAGUGAGAUGUUCUCCCUCAGGCUGCAGCUCUCAGCAGCUGCCCCAGGGAAUAAAUCCCAGGGGAUAAAUCAGAUUCUGCUCCAAGAGGAGCCAUUCUCCACAGAGGAAAUAAAUCUGAUCUCCCAACUGCUGGAAGUGAGAGUGAAAAACCUCACAGACGUGGAAGCCUUUGAGAAGGACCUCUUGCUCCGAGUGAAAUCUGAGGAAUCACUCAGCAACAAGUGGCUGGUGAAGAAAAAAGAGAAUUUCCUCCACCCCCUGAGCAGCAGUGGAAGGGAAAGCCUUGGACAGAGGGCACACCUUGAAGAGGAAACUGUGGCUUCCUUGUCCCUCUCAGAACUGGAGGACAAAGUGGAUGCAUUGACUGAGGAGCUGCUGCAGAUUGUGGAGGAUGAGCAGCAGUUUUUGAGCAGUGAAGGCAAUGAAGAUCUGCUCUCUUAUUACCUUGACAUAACCAGCUUGGAGAAGCAGAGUUUGGGAAAACAAAUCAAGGCUUUAGAGGAGGAAAUAGCCCAGGGCAGGAAUUUGUGAUGCUCAGAAUUUUGUGGUUUGGUUCCUGCUCCUCUCUUUUGGGCACUGGGCUCCAACCCAAAGUAAAUCCUCGAUUUUUUUUUUUUUUUUUGCUUUUAUUCCAGUGGAUUUUUCCUCCCCGUGGCCAAGGCUCAUUAAAUCAGGAGGGAAAGCAGUGCAGUAAUUGAAGUGACAAGACUUUGGCUGGAGGAGUUGACAUUUCUGGCCCUCUCCAAGUGCUGAGAGGAAAUAUUGCUGCAAAAAGCCCAGGCUCCGAGUUUCCAGGAACAGGAGCAAAAAUCUAGAAUCACUCAA